AUGUCUAACAUCGUCAACCUCCAAGGCCGCGUGGCAAUUGUCACAGGCUCCUCCUCUGGUAACGGCAGGGCUAUUGCCUUGCUCCUGGCGACGGAGGGAGCAUAUGUUGUUUGCAGUGACAUCCAACCCAAUGUGCGCGAAGGUGGUUCGGAGCAGGAUCUGACUCCAACCCACGAGGUGAUCACAAGAAAUGGUCGAAGCGUAUUCCAAAAAGCAGAUGUCAGUUCGGAAGAAGAUAUGAUAAAUUUGGUCGAGAGGGCUGUCAAAGAAUUCGGCCGCCUGGACAUUUUUGUGAACAAUGCUGGGAUCUUUUGUGGUCUGAAUGAUAUCGUAGGAGAGCCUGUCAGCGCCUUUGACAAGACAAUGCUGGUCAAUGCCAGAGGCGUAUUUCUGGGCAUGAAAUACGCCAUCACGCAGAUGAUGAAGCAGGAGCCUCGCACUUCGGGCGAAAGGGGCUGGGUCGUCAACAUCGGCUCAAUAGCAUCAACAUGUGGUCUUGCCGGCGAAACUUCCUACUGUGCCAGUAAAGGAGCGGUCGCGAUGUUGACCCGAGCAGUGGCGAUUGACUAUGCGCCACAUAAGAUUCAUGUCAACGCCGUCUGCCCUGGCUUCAUAUCAACGGCAAUGGUGAAUCCAUACCUGGCACAAGAUGAGAUGAAAAAGGCAUUACACGCCACUACACCCUGGCCUAAUCUUGGUACACCACAGGACGUAGCCAAAGCGGUGCUGGUACUCUCUAGUGAUGCUGCGAGCUGGAUGACCGGGAAUCUUCUCAGUGUCGAUGGCGGUUUUACUGCACAAUGA